UUGUUGUGUUUGCCUCGACAAACAAACCGCACGCCAAACGCGUUGCUGCUGUGUGUGGAGCAGGAGAGAGUCGCACAGCGAGACAAAAGCGGCGAUUUCUUUUGGUGCCAUGUCGUUCCGCGGGCGACCAUCGCUCUCAGGGACUCCCGGACGCUCCUCGUUGGAGCCCAGCUCUGAUUCUCUGGACCUUGCCAAGCUGCGAGCAGAUCUGGUUGCGGCACGCGAAUUGACAUGCUUUCAGGCGCGCCCGGACUGCCAGAGCAUGAUCGACGACGUGUUGACGAGCUGCCUACCCCUGGCAGCCAUGGCGGAGUUCACUUCCGCAGCCCCAGCAGCCAGGCUAGGGGCCGCCGCCGCAGAUUCAGCGGCUGAAGCACAAGCAGAGGCGGCACCGGUAGAUGCUAGUGUGGUUCCUCUCACGAGAACACCAGCAGCGGCCAGCAGCCUCGCGGCAGCAGCAGCAGUAUCAGCAGACGCGGACGCCGGUAGCGUCAGCAGCAUGGACUGGGACCCUUCCCCGACCUCGAAACAGAUCGCGAUGCCCCCCUCUUCCUCCUCAAUCGGCGGGGGGGCGGGGAGAGGGGGGAGUGGUGUAAGUCGGAGCGGAGGAGUUCAGGGAGGAGGAGGAGGAGUUCAGGGAGGAGGAGGAGGAGGCGUGUUGUCGAGGAGGGCGUCGGGGUCGAUAUUCGCGGACAGGGUCGGCAUCACCAGGAUUCCGGACCGGGCUUGGACUAUCGCGCUUGACUACCUAGAGUUGGGCGAGGUGGGUGGUAUGGCAGGCGUCGAGAGCUGGUGA